CACAGAGGAAGCAAGAGAGAGGGGGGAAGAAUAAAGGGAGAGAAAGAAAUAGAGAAAGAGCACUCCUUCUUUCAGCCCUCUGAGAGAACUUCUAGACAGCUUACUGCAUCCCACAGCACACAGUUACUAUGCUGCCUGGCACCAGGCCCCUGCUACUGUGUAUUCUAUGUCAUGUGACCACCACAUGGGCGUUUACCCACAUGUCGGAUGCUUUGGAGCUGCGAUCUGCAUUCUCUGUGGCACGUACCAGCAGCAUGGAGGGAGGGUCUAAGAUGGUUGUCACCUUUGACAAGGUAUACGUCAACAUUGGAGGUGAUUUUGAUCCGAAGGCCGGAUUAUUCCGAUGCAGGAUACCGGGUGCAUACUAUUUCUCAUUCACAGUGGGCAAGUUCCCAAGUCGAGAUCUGUCAGUCAUGCUGAUGAAGAACCGCAACGAGGUUCAGGCAAUUGUGUAUGAUGACAAUGCAGGAGAAGAGCGGAAACUGCAGAGCCAGAGUGCCAUGCUGCAGCUCGAUUUCGGAGACACUGUCUGGCUUCGACUCCAUGGAGACCCUCGUUAUGCUAUCUACAGCAACACAGGUCAUUACACCACUUUUAAUGGUUACCUCAUCUACAAUGAUGUAUACGGCUACCAAGAGCCCACACACAAGGAGCAUAACAGUGACAAUCAUCCAAUGAAAAUCAGUGAUCACAUACUGUCUGAGAAUGAAAAUACAAUCACUAAAGACACAGGUGUGAAAGAAGAGAGAAGAGAUGAAGAGAUGAAUGAGGAGGAUGGGAGAGAUGUAGAGGAAGAUGAUGACACAAGGUCUGCAUUCUCAGUGGGCCGCACUCAGAGUAUUGUGGGAGUGGAUCAAGGAUUCCCCGAGCACCAACCAAUCACCUUUGAUACAGAAUUUGUAAACAUCGGAAAUGAUUUCAACAUGAGUUUUGGUACAUUUAAAUGCAGAGUGCCAGGAGCCUAUUACUUCUCAUUCAAUGCCGGCAAGUUGCCCCAUAAGACCCUGUCAGUGAAGCUGAUGAAAAACCAUUUGGAGGUACAGACUAUGAUCUACGAUGACAGCGACACUGAGAAGGCCUUGCAGAGCCAGAGUCUGAUGCUAUCACUGCAGUAUGGGGACACUGUCUGGCUCUAUAGCCACCAGAGAGAUGGAUUUGGUGCUUACAGUAAUCAUGCCAAGUAUAUCACUUUCACUGGCUUCCUGGUGUACCCUGAGCUCUACCGAAGCCCUCCUAAGCAGCAGAAACACGAUAAGACACUGUAGGCCUGUCUAGAAGACAGUCUGUCUGUGGGCCUUUAGGGAGGCAAAGGGUUUUGUUGGGUGCUCACUGAUCAGUGUUUGUGUAGAAAGACUGUGAGUCCCCUGCACUUAAUCUUCUACAUUCUAGAAACCAGAAGUCUUCACUGUUGGUUUGCUUCUUAAGACUUCCUAUUCCAAAAUCUCCCAAGCUCUUGUUUUUUGUCUACUAUUUAUCAUGUUUGGGAAGAAAUUAAUAAACCAAGCAAGAAGCACCUGCAACAAUUUGGCAAAUUCUUCAGUUCUUCGAUGCUGAGUUCUCAGAAUAGUAUAAUCAGAUGACACAAAAGUGUCAUUUUAAAAACAAAAUAAAAUGAUUUAAUGCACGCAAUCUCAAAUAGGAGAAAUUUAUGUUGUCUUUGAAGCUUUUGCACGAAAGAUUUGCACGGGAGCUCUGUCUUCUGCUUUUUCAUUUAUUAUUACAAUUGUAAGAUUAGUGACCGUGGCACCAAAACAGAUGUGAUGGAAAAAUAUUACUCUCCAAUAAAUCUUCUGGUAUUGGAACAGCACUACACAUUUAAAAUAAAGAAUGCUUCUGCAAAUUAAAAAGUCAGAAACUGUUGAAAACAAGCUAAAAGUUGGAACAAUGACUAUGGCUGGGUUUCCUGAUAACAUUAAGCUUUAACAAUCAUCUUAACUAACGUUGCACAUUAUUUUAAGAUGGAGUUUCCCAAACAAGUACGUAGAUCGCUCAUUAUGAAGUAGAACUUGGCUGGGUUUCCCGAAGCACUAAGUAGAAUGUUAGCAGCAUUUAAGUAGUACUUAAUAUCUAAGGCGCGUUUCCCAAGAGCAUUGCGAUCUCAGUAGUUUGAGCCGCUCUUAAGUCCAUUAAAUGCAAUUUAAACAUAUCUUUCUGGCAUCUUUCACAGUUUAUCAAAGACAUUUAAUAAAUUGUAUUGUUAUAUUUUGAUCAUUGCAAAGCCAUUGUAAACUAUUUCAGAGGAUAAAAAAGUGUUGAAAGAAUCGCUAUGAAAUCAAUAGCAGUCUCCGUAUGCAACAAGAUAGGUCUAAAUUUACAAAACACGUUAUACAGUAUUAGCCUUCUUUGAUAAGCAUAAUUAUAAUUGAAGCCUUGUAUACUUGUAAAUAUGCCUUGAUGAAUCAUUAAAAUAUGGUUAACAGAGGAGAUUAGAUCAAGAGUGUGCAAUGAGAGAUUCCCUCUCUCUCUUCAUCCUCCAAUGGCUGGUUAAAAUCAGCUCGCUUAUAGUCUUUUUACAAAGUAGUAACAAAUUGCAUGAUGCAUAAUGGCAGUAAGGCUGCAAUUAAACAGUACCUUGAACUCUAACCAGAUAUUAAUAUUUAGACAGGUCUAUGAGUAGUUCAAUACCGAUGCCCAUAAUUUUCACUUAAGCUCAACUUUAUAACGAGCCUUCUGCGUGCUGGUUUGGGAAAUUUGGGGCAUUACUCCAUCGUAAAAUAACGAGCGAUGUAAGUUAAGAUGAUCAUUAAAGCUUAAGUUGCAACGUUAUUGGCAAAUCAAGCCCUUAAGUGCUUUGUUAUGGGAGCUAUCUGGCCCAAAGGUGCUGAUCACUUUGGCCAGUAUGUCCAGGUGUUGGUCUUCUCAAAAUGAAAAUAAGGUGAAAAUACUGAAAAACAUGGAUGUUGUUUGUAACAUUGUUGAGGCACAGAAAUGCAUUACCUAACUAUUAAAACAUUAAUUAAAGAAAUAAUUAUGGUUUUAGUAAGAUAGAGUUUCAGAUGUAUUGCUGUCAGAGGUGGGGUCUUGAUCUUGUGGUCUUGGUCUCAAGAUGUCUUGAGCCCAUAUAAACAUGGUCUUGGUCUGGAUCUUAGUCUCAACAUUUAAAGUCUUGGUCUGGAUCUCGGUCUCGGCCUAUGUUCUUGAUGGUCAAGACCGCUAUGUUUUUACUAGUGCAUUAAAUGUGAUUAUUAUUUCAGCCACUAGUUAGUGCUGCAUCUUUAGCAUUACUGAGAAUUUGCAAGCACAGUACUACUGCAUCGGUCAUACCACAUGUGUCGGCAAUCACCAUAUCUCAUCACAUGCACAUAAGUGCAAGAACCAUGGUUUAACAACACAAAGCAAACAUUAAUGAUUUAAGUUUACAUCUGCCAUGUAGAAGCUGCGACUUCACUCGGGGUAAUCGCGCGACCCAAAAAGAUUGUUAUAAUUGAGGUAUUAUUUAUUGGCAGUAGUAGGACUAAAAUCAUAAUUAAAGAUUUUUUCCCCUGAUAUUGUAAUCGCUAUUAAUAAGAUCUAUUACUAUAAUUGUAUUGCAUGCCAUAUUUAUGCAGCUACACAUCCGGAACAAGCUGAUAACUGUGUUCCUGAAUUAGUUAAUUCUAUUUAUUUAUUAGCAGCCAAAAUAAAGACUUUACAGUGUUCCUCUUCUUGGCAGCAUGAAAUAAAACGUAUUUAUUUCAAAAUGUGAUUUUCAAUUUUGCGAAUAUUUCCCAUCAGCAUUAUUUCUUGCUUUGUUUCGUCACUGUUUUUUUCUGUGCAUAACUUUAUGCAUAGUUGUUUGAAUAGUUUAAUAGUAUAAAUAAUUAUUAAUAGUGUACAUGCAGUGAAAAUCAGACUAAUGCCAUGCAGACUUCAAUUGUCGUGGACUAGCCAAUUCAAGUCACUUCACUUUAGUUGUAUUAUUUUAUAUAUAUUUGGAUUGCAAAGGCAUCUUGUAAAACUGGAUUUCUCUGUACAGCAGUCUGGAAAAUAGAGAGCAACCUGCAAAAUAUGUCAAACAUUAAUAAGUGAAACAUGUGGUACAACUUCAUGAUCCAAUAGGUAAAUUAGUCACAUUGUCUUUGACAUGUUUUAUAUAUAUAUAUAUAUAUAUUAUUUCCCAUUUGCUAGACUGAUAACGUUCUUAAAAUUAUCAUUUUAACAUAUAACAAUAUUAAAGUACAUAACCAUGCUUACCACGCCUACCAAUCUGCAAACUCUUUAAAAUGAAAAUUAUGUUAAAUUAUAUUUGAUUGCAUACUAGCGAUGACUAUCAUCACAAGACAAUUUAGGCCAGCCAUAUUUUCAAUGAAAAUGACAAUUCUUAUUAUCAUAUUGAAUAUAUUGAUUUGUUAAUGAACAGGGGAAUUUUCCAGAGGUGGGGUCUUGAUCUGGUGGUCUUGGUCUCAAGACCAUAUAAACAUGGUCUCGGUCUGGGUCUUGGAGGAUCUAGUCUUGGCCAUGUCUUGGUCUCAAGGGGUCUAGUCUUGGUCUGGGUCUUGUAGGGUCUAGUAUUGGCCUUGUCUUGGUCUCAAGGGGUCUAGUCUUGGCCUUGACUUGGUCGCAAAGGGUCUAGUCUUGGCCUUGACUUGGUCGCAAAGGGUCUAGUCUUCGUCUGGGUCUUGUAUUGGUCUCAAGGAGUCUAGUCUUGGUCUGGGUAUUGUCUUGGUCUCAAGGGGUCUAGUCUUGGUCUGGGCCUUGUCUUGGUCUCAAGGGGUCUAGUCUUGGUCUAGUCUUGGCCUUGUCUUGGUCUCAAGGGUUCUAGUCUUGGUCUGGGUCUUGUCUUGGACUCAAGGGGUCUAGUCUUGGUCUUGGAGGGUCUGGUCUUGACUACACCUCUGAUUAAUAUUCAAACAUAGAGAUUAAUGACAGUGAAGCAAUGAAUGCAUGUAAUGAGAAUGUACGCUAUAUGAAUAAUAAGGGGCUCACAUAUAGCGUUUUUUUGGCUGGAAACUGAACAAAUGCACACAGAACAUGAUUAAAAUGACAUCAGUACUGAACUACUCAUAGACUUGUCAAAAUAUUAAUAUCUGGUUAGUUCAAUGUGUACUUGUAGACUUAUUGGCAAAUGCAAUUUGUUACUACCUAGUAAAAAGUCUAUAGUCGAUUUGAACCUGCCAUUGGAGGAAGAAAGAAGAGGGGGAGGAUGACGAGAGAGAGAGAGAGAGAGAGAGAGAGAGAGAGAGAGAGAGAGAGAGAGAGAGAGAGGGAAUCUCUCAUUGCACACUCUCAAUCUCCUCUGUUAACCAUAUUUUCAUUAUUUAUUAAGGUGUAUUCAAUUAAGUUUUAAACUUUAUGGUCACAUUACUUAUAUAUUUUCAGGGAUUGCAGAGCAUGAGAGAAGGCUCAGGACCCAAACACAGAGUUCAAAAAGCAGGGAAUUUAUUAAUACAAAAAUAAAGGCUAAAAUAAAUAAACUCCCACAAGGGGAAGAAAAACAAUCAUAAACAACCCUGUAGGGGAAAACACUCAAGUAAUCUUUGUGGAGCUGUACUGGGACAGAUUAGUGUGGAAUCAGGGCCGAUUGGACCAAACGGGAGACCGACAUGUAUCACACAAGACAAACUGUCACUGGACACAUGAGGAGACUAAAAUAGUGAGAGAAAUCAACAGGUUGACAGGGCAGGUGUGACUAAUAAACUAAAAAUGGGCAAACAAAGAGGCGGGGUAUGAUUCAAGACAGAAAGAUACACGGCGAUACAGAAACAAAACCAUGUGCUCUCACAAGACAACAAAUCACCCGAAUGGCAUGAGUGCACAUUCUAUGACUGAACCUCAGCACAACGUGAAGACAGCUCACGAUCAUUUCGCGCAGCGCUAAGCAAGAGACAGACACAGAUUACUGACAGGAGUGCACUCACGCCAAUGCACUCACACCAAUACAAGACAAGGCAUGGAAAAUGAGUGUCCGGAACCAAACACCAAAACCAAACCAGACAGAAGGGUGAGGAUCCAUACACCAUGCCCCGGACAUGAGACACGUCACACGAGACCGACCGAGGAGUGCACGGCAGAGAAAUACAAACCUGAAGCUGUGCUCUCAAACAAAGAGACAGAAGAUGGAGCAUUAAUGUCCAGAUCCCUUCACAGACCAAAACAGAACCAAACAGGAAGUCAGGAUCAAGACAUCAUGCUCCCGACAUGAAACAAGAUGGACCGAAGAGCGUAAGGUGGGAAAUCACAACCGGACCCAUGCGCUCACACAAAGACAGCACACAAAACACAAGACAGACAUGGGAUGAUGAUGCCACGGUCCUGUCAGACAAAACCCCAGACUGACAGAAUGACAGGACCUUGACACAUAUGUCCUUUUAAAUGUACAUUUUCUUUAAAGUCUUUUUAAAGUUUAAUAAGAACAUAUCGUCUUGCCAUUACAAUUAUGCUUAUCAAAGAAGAUUAUAAUGUAUUACGUGUCUUGUAAAUUUAGACCUAUCACAUCACAUGCGGAGACUGCAGAGACACCUAUUGAUUUCAUAGCGUUUUUUUCAAUACUUUUUAUCCUCUGAAAUAGUUUACAAUGGCUUUCCAAUUAUCCAAAUAUAAUAAUACAAUUUAUCAAAUGUCUGAUAAACCAGAAAGAUGCCAGAAAGAUAUGUUUAAUUUGCACUUAAUGGACUUAAGAGCGGUUCAAAACUCUUGUUAAUUUACAUACAUUUUUACAAACUACUUAGAUCACAAUGCUUUUGGGCAACGCGCCUUAGAGAUUAGGUACUAUAAAUGCUGCUAAUAUUCUACUUAGUGCUUUUGGGAGCCCAGCUUUUGUUCAAUCCCAAAUAUAUUUACACAAACUAAAGUUAAUGAUUUUGAAAAAAAUAAUUCUGAUGUUUAUAUUUUGGAAAGAAAAUGUAUCAUAUUUUUCAAUCCGAUCAGGUUUCACAUAAUUUAUCUGAUUUUAUGCUGUUUUGUCUAUAUGGCAAUUUAGAUUUAUUUAGAUGAAGAAGCAUAUCUAUAAAGUGCAACAUUCCAAAAUGUAAAUAUUUAUUUGUUUUCUAUCCAUUUGUACAUGAGUGAACAUUUGCAUUUCUAUUCUGUGCCUUGUCUUACUGUAUGUAUGUGCAUGGGUUUAAUCUACUAAAUAAAAAUUGUGAAAAGUGCUAAAUAAGCUUUUCAAUGUUUGUGCAGUAUGAGAUUGUUAGAUACCGUUAAAGUGGUUUUAGUGUACACUGGAUUCUUGAUGAGGAAGGAGCCAGACCUCAAAAGCAAACCAAAUAAAAUCUCAAU